AUGGCUAUUGCAAGGUUUCUGUAUGACAAUUGCAUUCCUUUUAAUGUAGUGAAUUCAGUGUACUACCAACUGAUGAUUGAUGCCAUAGCUGCGGCUGGUCCUGGUUACAAAGGUCCAUCUUAUCAUGCUGUACGGGUCCCUUUGUUGAGGGAUAGUAAGAAGGAGGUUCAGUUGUUGGUUGAGUCACAACGUAGGCAUUGGGCAGAAGUUGGAUGUAUACUUAUGACUGAUGGUUGGACAGAUACUAGACAUAGGUCAUUGACUAAUUUCCUUGUUUAUUGUCCUAGGAGAAUGGUAUUUGUAAAAUCAGUUGAUGCCUCAGAUAUUGUGAAGAAUACUAGAAACUUGUUUAAAUUGUUUGAUGAAGUAGUUAUAUGGGUUGGUCCAAAAAACAUAGUUCACAUGGUUACUGAUAAUGCUUCGAAUUAUGUAUCUGCUGGUAAAUUGUUGUGUGAAAAGUAUAAAACUAUUAGUUGGUCUCCUUGUGUAGCACAUUGCCUGAAUCUUGUGUUGCAGGAUAUGGGAGACAUGCCUCAUGUGGAGAGACUAAAAAAUCAUGCAACCAAAGUUACAGUUUUUAUUUAUAAUCAUGUGGCUUUGAUUGCUUCGUUGAGGAAGAGACCUGGUUGGACAAAUAUUGUACGUGUAGGAGCAACAAGAUUUGCUACUACUUUCCUUUCAUUUGGAAGCUUUCAUGUGCAUAAGCAUGACUUGCAAGCCUUAGUGACUAGCAAAUUCUUUGUGGACAAUAGAUUGGCAAGAGAGUCAAAGACAAAAGAAGUAGUUUCUAUCAUUUUGGAUAAUUCUUUUUGGGAUGAUAUUAAUGUUCUUGUCAAGAUUUCAUCGCCACUCAUUCAUUUGUUACGGAUUGUUGAUUCUGAUCAAAGGCCUGCAAUAGAAUAUGUGUAUAAGGGCAUGCAUAGAGCACGGUUGGGAAUCAAGAAGAUCUUCCGAAUGAAAAAGCACUUGUACAAGCCAUACACCUCAAUUAUAAAAAAUCGUUGGGACAAACAUUUGCGUAAAGAUCUUCAUGCUACUGCAUAUUGGUUAAAUCCCGCUUUUCAAUAUGAUGAGGAGAAUUUUUGUCGGAAACCAGCAGUAAAUAUGGCUAUUACGGACUACAUUGGGACAAAAUAUGAUGAUGAAUGGUGGAAGUUAUGGGGUGCUGAUGCUCCAAACUUGCAAAAAUUGGCAAUUAGAAUCCUUAGCCAAACUUCCGCCUCUUCCGGAUCAAGUAUCGACAAAACUGAUUUUUGGGUAUUUGUGGAAGAGGAAGACUCAUAUCUUAAUUAUGAAGAGUUGGAGAAUGUAAUUUAUGAAGAGGGUGCAUAUCCAGCAAGUGUAGAGGCUUCUUCUAAUAUUAAAGAAUCUAUAGAUGAUAGCAGUAAGGUUGAAGGAAUUGAUUUAGGAACAUUUGGACAACCUAUUCGCCCUCCUCCUAGAUUUCCAGGGAAUGAUGACAAGCAUAAUAACUUUCAUGACAUUGAUGAUUUAUGA